AAACGUGAGAGACACGAAUCAUCAUGGUAACGAUUUCUAAAACCGAGUCGCGCACCUCUAGGGACUGCGAUGUAGGGAAAGAAGUCGCCCUAGAUCAACCCGCGGCCGAAUCACCAGAAGACUCUAAGCCAGAGAAAGACGACGACCGGACACAUAUACAGGAAGGUGUUCAACGGGUAGAGGCCAUCACCGCAGUGUGGUCUCAGAAGUCCUUGUGGUCUACCUUCGCUCUCCUUUGGCUUGUGUGCUUCGUAUCCGCGUUACUAGCGUCUAUCGACACUGCUUUGUCGCCAUAUGUCACAUCGUCCUUCUCAAGACAUGGCCUCCUCGCGGUUAUCAAUAUCGCAGCAAGAGUCAUCGGCGGCGUCGUUACGCUCAGUAUCGGCAAGUUUAUAGACAUUAGGGGCCGAAUGGAAGGCUUCGUAGGCUCGCUCCUCCUGAUCACGGUCGGGAUGAUCAUGAAAGCAACCUGUCAAAAUGUCGAGACAUAUGCCGCAGCCCAGGUGUUCACAUGGGUAGGCAAGGUUGCUCUCAGCUUUAUUAUCGACGUCUUCGUCGCCGAUAUCACCACCUUGAAGAACCGAAUGAUAAUCUUCGCCAUUAACUCAACGCCCAACCUAGCCACCACCUUUGCUGGACCUAGGAUUGCGGAGCUGUUCUACAAUGAGGUCAAUUUUAGGUGGGCAUUUGGUGCCUUCACCAUCAUAUUGCUCGUCGUAUCUCUCCCAGUCGUCUUUAUUCUCUACUACCAUGAACGGCAAGCGAAAAAGCGCGGACUCAUUCGUCCGCAAUCGGGUCGCACACGGUUGCAGUCCACGAUACAUUAUAUCGGCGAGUUUGACGUCAUUGGUGCGGUCCUCAUAUCAGGGGGUUUUACCCUUAUCACCCUCCCAUUCAGUCUUGUGAGCUCGGCCUCCCACUCGUGGCAUAGUGCAAGUAUCAUUGUCAUGAUCGUAAUGGGCGUUGUCGGUCUCGCUGCUUUUGUGGUCUGGGAGAGAUACUUUGCCCGUGUAAAUUUUUUCCCAUUCGAGUUCCUAAAAGACCGGACCUUUUUAGGCGCUGUAAUGUCGCGUUUUGUCGUCUUCAUGACAACUUAUAUAUGGGAUGCAUAUUACAGCUCCUACCUACAGGUGGUUAACGGCCUGAGCAUCAGCGUCGCAAACUACGUGCUGAACGCAUAUUCCCUCACCUCAUACUUUACCGGCCCAUUUAUCGCCUUAUAUAUCCGUUACACAGGCCAUGUCAAAUAUCCGGCUUUGGUUGCUAUCCCUAUUUACCUACUCGGCACAGCCCUUAUAAUCUAUUUCAGAAUUCCGGGCGCUAAGGUCGGCUAUCUUGCUAUGUGCCAGGUACUCGUUGGCUUCGGCGUCGGCAUGAUUGGCCAGAUGGCGCAACUCACUACAAUGGCCUGUGUUGGGCAUCAAGAUGUCGCCGUUGCCCUCGCUAUCUAUGGUCUAUUCGGCUCUGUCGGCUCUUCCGUCGGCUACGCGAUCGCUGGCGGGUUAUGGACGAACAUUCUUCCCGUCAAGCUAUACGAGUUCCUCCCUGACGAUGCUAAGAAUAUGACGGCUACAAUAUACGGGGACAUCAAUCAACAAAUGAAAUAUCCAAUCGGAACCCCGAUCCGAGAUGCUGUGAUCGCAGCAUAUGGAGACGUUAUGAGGAAAAUGGUUAUCGUCGGAUCUGCAUUAAUCCCCCUUACCAUUUUAUGUGUCGCUAUUUGGAGGAACAUAAAUGUUAAGAAGCUUGAAGCUGUUGAGAAGCGAGCCAGGGGUAAUGUAUUCUAAAGUGAUAUGCACUAUCCUCGUUAGGGAAGCCUGGAAGAUAACUGGGUAUCAUUCGACAUGGUCUUUUCUUCUUUGUGCAGUCUCCAGAGGACCUCCAAAGCUAUAUGGAAAAGCUUAGCUCUACACAUAUCCCCUAGGAUACUCGCCAUAGAAGACACAGGUCUUAAUCUGGUAAAUAAAGACAGGAGUGCAAAUUGGGUGGUUAUCUCCCCCUUUAGAAUCACC